AUGUACGCAGAUCCUGCACAAAUCCACAUCCCUGAGGCAGGCACCUUUCUGUGCUCUGUCACUGAUCUCAAAUUUGAGGUGAGAGCAGCGGUGACCAUUGAAUACACAUACAGCUCCUGGGACCAACAGCUCUCUGAAUCUGUGAAUCAUCGCUGGGUAGUGGCCGGUCCAGUGUUUGACAUCCGUGCUGAUCCAGCAGAAGUUGCAGCUGUUCACCUCCCUCAUUUUAUAUGCCUCCAAGGUGGCAAUAUUGAUACCCCUCAGAUGGAAAUAGCCCAUAUUGUUGAUGCGGGAAUAAUGCUGGAGAAGCCAUCUCAAAUCAGCCCGUUUCAUGUGGUGUGGAAGAAUCCUACUUUCUCUUUGGCGACUGUGCUGAUUAAUUCUAUCUACGAUAAGUUUUUCGCCAUCCAUUCUGUGGUGCAGCUUUACAAGAUACGCAAGAAGACCACAACUCUCCAUCUCUACCUCAUUCCCAAUGAUGGGUCUUUGAUAGAGGCCGUCAGAGAGGAGGAAGAGAAAUACAAUUCAAUACUCGUGCGGAAACACCCACAAACAUAUAAACCACUAUAUUUUGGCUCUUGCUAUUAUGUACCCAACUCAGCAGAACUCACAGUGAAUCCAAAGGAACUGGAGUUUUCCUAUAAGAGCCCAGGACAGCUGCAAUCUUUUAUGGAAAUUUACUUAAGAAAUUGCGGGAGAAUAAAUCUCAUCUUGAAAAAUAAAGACAACUCUGUUUGGGAUGCUUGGUUGGAACAAGUUCCCAACGCCGUGGAUGAUGGGACGUCUUGCGGUUCCUCCGGGGCUCCGGGUGACCCAGGUGAGGAUCCCUCCAUUUCUUCGACGGUGACCCACGUGCCUUGGGACUCACGGGUGGCGUUUGCCAUUUCUUCCCCCUCCAAACUCGAUCCCGAGCUCUCCUGGACCUCACGCCAUCGGGGCCUCGGGCAUCUGCCAUUCGUGGGGAUGGGUGUUCUGUUGCCGGUCGCCGGGUAG